AUGGUACCGUUAAAUCAAGCACGGUCGUCCGCCAUGGGAUGUCGAAACCGGAUGCGAGGGUCAUCGCUGCUGUUGGCGGCCUACGUGUGUGUCUGCGUCUGGGGCAGCCAAGUCCAGUCACAGAGAGCCGGCGGCGGCAACCGGGAUGCGCCGGUGGUCAACAUCCCCAGGCAAGGCGCCGUUUCCGGUGUUGAAGUGCAGCUCAACAAGAUCGGAAACAGGGCCUGGACGUAUCUGGGUAUACCGUUCGCUAAACCACCCAUCGGCAACUUGCGGUUUGCACCGCCUGAUGUCGAUCCACCGCCCACGUGGAGCGGCGUCCUCGUUGGGUCUGCACACAAACCAGCCUGCAUCCCGGACCCGCCAGUCCGGUCACAUCCCGUCCAUCGGCUGUUCUCCACCGUCAGCCCUGGUCCUGUCAAGAUUUCCGAGGACUGUCUGUACUUGAACGUCUAUAGACCCGAAGGUAACGAGCUCGUUAGUCGUUAG